AAACAACGACGUAAUCCCUUAUCAAAGUCUGGCAAAAGGUCGUGUCGAAGGUGGGUUCGCUGGAAGCGCAUGAAGAUGCCUCUCAAUUGGUUCCAGCUCCUCGGCACUUUGCUGCUCAUCGGCUGCUCCGACGUGCAAGCAGCCGCCACAGUGGGUCGAGCCUGCAAUGUGACGGCCACCAUGCCGGGCAUCUGCCGCACCUCCUCCGAGUGUGAGCCCGUGAUCGAUGGCUACAUCAGGUCGGGAGUGCUCAAGCUCAACGAUGUGCCCAGCUGCGGCCUCGGCGCUUGGGGUGAGAUCUUCUGCUGUCCCACGCAGCCGUGCUGCGGGAAUGGCGUGUCCACCAGCUCCAGCUCCACCACAAGAGCUCCAGUGGCCACAACGGUCCUAACCGGUGGUCGUGUCGAUGUGCCCACGGCAUCAUCUGGAACAGGUGAUCGCCCAGCAGUGGCAGCCUGCAAGAAGAUACGCGAACAAAGACAGCAGAAGAGCGGCAACCAAUUGGUCAUACACAUCGUGGGCGGGUAUCCCGUGGAUCCGGGUGUAUAUCCCCACAUGGCGGCCAUUGGCUACAGCACCUUCGGUGAUCUGGUCAAUUUCCGUUGCGGCGGCUCGCUCAUCGCCAGUCGCUUCGUACUGACCGCCGCCCAUUGUGUGAACACCGACGCCAAUACGCCGGCCUUUGUACGCAUGGGUGCUGUGAACAUCGAGAAUCCGGACCACACCUACCAGGAUAUCGACGUGCGAAGUGUGAAGAUCCAUCCGCAAUAUAUGGGCAACAAGUACAACGAUAUCGCCGUCUUGGAACUGGAGCGCGACGUGGUCGAGACGGAUAACGUGCGGCCCGCUUGUCUUCACACGGAUCCCACCGAUCCGCCAUCGAGCUCCAAGUUCUUUGUCGCCGGUUGGGGCGAACUCAAUGUAACCACUCGGGAGCGUUCCAAGAUCCUGUUGCGGGCGGGUCUGGAGCUGGUGCCGCUGCAGCAGUGCAACAACUCCUAUGCGGAGCAGCCCGCCUCCAUACGGAUGCUCAAGGCGGGCGUCAUCGAUACGCUGCUGUGCGCCAUAGAUCAGAGGCUCAUUGCCGACGCCUGCAGGGGCGACUCCGGUGGACCGCUCAUCCACGAGCUGAGCGUGGAGGACGGCAUGUACACCAUCAUGGGCGUCGUCUCGUCGGGAUUCGGAUGCGCCACCGUCACGCCGGGUCUCUAUACGCGUGUCUCCUCCUAUCUGGACUUCAUCGAGGGCAUCGUCUGGCCGGACAAUCGGGUGUAGAGUUAGCCAGUUCUUUGUUAUUUGCAUAUUAUUUCUAUUUGGGAUCAAUUGGCAUCCACUCAUCUGUGAUCUCCAUGAGCUGCGCGAUCCAAUCGAUUCAAUACCAAUAAAGUAGAUACGUUUUAAGCUAGAAGAAGA